UGUUAAGGCUCAAAUUGGAGCGAUGUUGUCAAAUGAAGGCUGUCCAGUGACUGUUGAAAUUAUAUCGGUACGACAUGGGGACAAUGUGGAUGUUGAGCACGAUUAUGGAGAUGAAAGAGACGAUGAAUUGACUUUUGAUGCCUCCCAUGAAGGGGCUGAAUACGAAACAGUAAGAACUUCAACAUCCAGAAACAAGCCUAUAAUACACCACAACAAUAUUCCUUACUUAUUUCAUCAGCUCAGCAAAAAUGGUUUGGUUAAAUUUUGGCGUUGUGAAGCUUUUAGCGGGCCUGAAAUUAAAUGCAAAGGUUUUUUUUUUGGUAAAUUUGGCCCAAAAAUUUUUAGCCCGUAUCCAUACGGAUUUGGAUGAUGUGGUUAUUAAGGAAAUUGGAAGUCACAGCUGCGUGAAAGGAAAACGAGAUGCUGCAAAAUUUGGAACUCCUAAGGAUGAGGGUUCCACCUCAGUUGAUAGAACAUUACGAAGUGCAACCAAGCCAAAAACUGAACCUAAAAUUAAUGUUGAUGAUUAUGUGUCUUCUCCUGAACCUCCAAAAAAACGUUCUCGUCCUAAAGCAAACCUUCCACCUUCUGGUCCAGACGAUGUGAGGGGUUUGGAUAUUCCGAAUGGCUAUAAAAUUUAUGUGCGUCCAAAGGAAGGUGGGGCAGAAGGAGAGGUGGAGGAAGAACAAUUUUUGUUGGCUGAUUCGGGUGUUUAUGAAGAAAAUGGGGAUCAACGGAUUUUAAUAUUUGCAUGUGCCUCUACAGCUGGAUGGAUAGAUCAAGUCCAACAAAUUUUUGUGGAUGGAACAAUUCCUGUUGCGCCAGUCUUAUUUGAUCAGCUUUAUUUGAUUAUGGCUAGACGUGGUGCUUGGGUUUUCCCAAUUUGUUAUUGUUUAUUAACCUGUAGAACGCAAAAAACUUAUGAACGAAUGCUUGAUUUAAUUCAAAAACGUUGGCCAACAUUUUCUCCUCGUUCAGCUUCAAUCGAUUUUGAGCAAGGAUUUUUUAAUGCUAUGAGAGCGAAGCAUCCGCAAUGCAAUUUACAUUUUAGUUUCUUUCAUUUAUCUCAAAAUUUGAAGAAACAAAUGGGUGAACAAGGAUUGAUUCAGGUUAAUUUUUUAAAAAUUAUUGGACACAAAUUGGAAUUAUUGAUUUUUCGGGGGCAAUUUUUCUUGGUUUUCUUUUAG